AGGACGCGCAGCCAGGACAUCGACGGAACAAAGAUGACCAUAGAUAUUAUUUAAAUCAAUCUGAAUGACUGUUUGCUCAGAUAACUUUUUGAUGAAUCUGUUCUUAAGGUGGCGCUGCGCGGGUUUAUUUUGACUCGCUCUCAGCUGAAGAUCAGACACUUCAGCGCGCAUCUCCAAGGAUGAAAGCCAUAAACGAAGAAACGGAAAAAACUAUCGUCUGAAAUCGGAUCUAUUUUCGCAUGCAAUCGCAUCUAGACUGCAGACAUGGAUCGAUCUCGCAGAAACAUGGACACGUGUCUGAGGAAGUUAAAACAAGAACUGCUUUCCAUGAAGGAUGCCGGUGAUGGACUACAUGCUCAGAUGAACAGUAUGAUGGGAGCUCUGCAAGAACUGAAACUUCUUCAGGUUCAAACUGCCCUUGAGCAACUAGAUAUCUCAGGAAAUACUGUAUGUUUGACUCAAGGAGCUGUACAAAGUUCCAGCACCAUCCCUAAUCUAGACAACCAGACACCCCAGUCUAUCAGGACCUUCAUUUUAGAAGAUCAGGACCCAUCCCAGCAUCCCCAAUGCAACCGCUUGGGGACUUCGUCCUCGUCGUCCAGCCUGGAAAGUGAGAGCACACUGCUGCCUAGACGGAUCUCAGGUUACACAGCCCCACAAGUGGAGUACUGUGGUCCAAAGUUGGGCCAAUUACCCGUACCAUACACCAGCAACCAGCAGGAUUUAUCAGUACCAAAACAACAGGCACCUCCAGCCAAUGAAGUAGACCUACCGGGGAUCCUACAUAGCUUGUCUCGCGAGGGACCGUCACUUGACAGUAAAUACGGCGAGGACAGUAUGGAUGAUUCUAGUGAUUGGACGUCCUCUCUCAUGAGUCAAAGUCGCAAUCGCCAGCCUCUUGUGCUCGGAGACAACAUCUUCGCUGACUUGGUGGGCAACUGGUUGGAUCUUCCCGAACUUGAAAAGGAUCUCAACAGACCCGAUUCUCCAGCCCACCCGCUCAGACUCACUCGCUCCCAAGAGCUCUGUCAAAGGUUCUCGUUGACCACCAACAUCUUUAAGAAGUUCUUGCGUGGCGUUCGACCCGAUCGGGAUAAACUGCUGAAGGAGAAGCCCGGCUGGAUGUCACCAGAUCACAACCCAGAGACGGAACUCUUCAAGAGACCCAAGAAGGCGACAAAGUGUCGGGGUGGCUUUUACUUACCAUUCUGGACAGUAGGACAAAUGGGAAAGGUACAGUCAUGUCCUCAGCCGACAGAAGAGAGGGGUCAGUUUCUUGAACUAAAUAUUGACAGUCUAACAGAUCCUGUUGACAAAGUCAAUCCCUUGUUUGACUAUAAUACAGCCGUUUGGGUCUAGCACUGAACAAGACAUUUUGUAUAAAAUGUGGCAGUUAAUUAACUUUUUUAUAUAAAAACUAAUCUCAACAUGACAAUCAUUGAGGACUUUCAGGGCAAUGUAUGUAGGUCUUCCUUUUUCAAAUACAAAUUUCAGCUGCACUUAAAAAAAUCUAGUAAGAGUUUGAAAAUUUAUAGUGAGUUCUACAACUACAGCAUAUGUAUCUUUCAAUUUGUUUUACGUCAAAUCGGUUUCUGUCCAUUUGCUGAUUCCACCUUGUUCUGUCACUUGACGUUGUUAUCAUUUCCACAUAUCUAGGUCAAUGAGCAUGUUUACCGCUGUCUCUGUAACUUUGUGGUCAAGUUUGUUUCCAGUCACAUACAAAUUUCACUUUUUGUCUAAGCACAUACGUUUCUGAUGCGACACUGUUUAACUUUCAUGGACUUGAUAAAUUCAGUAAUCUAAGGGUUCUUGGUACUUAAAAUGCCUGGGACAUUUGCAUGGGCCCCAAAGUCUAUUGCCGAAAACAGAAGUUACACCAUAGAGUAUCUUUGGGAAUCUUUCUCAUCAGGGGCUUAGGAAAUAUUGAACACUGGAACACGAAAAGAAGUUUGGAACUUUCCUCAAAAUGAAACUCCAGGCAUUAAUGAUGGUUGAUCAUUUUAUAUCUACCCUGAACUCCACACUUCACUACUGAUGUCAAACCUGAGUCUUCUUUUGUACAAUGAGAUUACAGAGCAUCUCAGAUGAUUAUAACACUUUGAUUGAUGUCUUGUUGGAUAUAAACCCACAUACACAUAAUCUGUGGUCAAGAGACGAGUGAGAUAUCAUGAAUAUGUUGUGAUUGGUGAACAGUUUGAAUAAUGAUGGGCGAGGAAAACAAAUCGAAGAGGGCUCUCAACUUACCAAUCAACUUAAUUUAUUGAACAUAAUCAAUUAUGGCCGCAAUAAUGUUACAAUAUAUGUGUGUGUGUCAUAAAAUGAGAAAGAGGUUGAGGAAAUUGUGUUUUGUUUUGAAAUGAUGCAUUAUGGAAAAAUACAAAAUUGUGAAGUUUUGUUUCUCAGAUUUCUACUCAUUUCAUAGUUAUUGAGCGCAGUUAAAACAUUUUUCUUUUUGCUGUUCCUUCAUAUUAAUAGACUUCAGGAAUGGAGAACUUGUUUCAAAAUACAGUGAUCAUAAUGUCAGAAACAGAAACUGCACAAAAUUAUACAAAUCUAUACAAUGAGGGUUUUGUAUAUGGCCAAAUGUUUUAUAAUGUUUAAAUAUAAUUUUGUAGAGCAGAUUCUUUAAGAGAGCACCAUACAUUUUGUACAGAAAAAGUAUGUAAUUGUUUGUUUGUUUUUUAUUGUAUUGUUUAGUUUGCAAUGAAGGUUAGCUGUGUAGCUGUGUUUAGUCUUUCUGUUUUGGAAAAGAAAAGGAUCAGUCUUCCAUACAUAAAAUUAUAGUA